AUGAGCGGGAGAAUACUCUCGCACCGUCUUGUUCCGCUAUUGCGGACGGGCCUUCUGGCCCGUCAUGUCCACAAUGCUGGCGCAAGAACUGGAGGGCUACUACGCUCAGAGGGAGGUGCUGCACUUCGACGCCGUGCUUGGCCCGUUGGAGCAAAUGCAAUUCACAAUGUCCCUGCCGUGCGGUCGAUCUCUUUUGCACGGAUACUUCCGAAGCUUGCCUUGAAGAUGGCUCGACUACCGGCAAUGUUUGGCGGAGCUAUGGUCGCAGGCUUUGCGUAUAUCCAAUACCAGGCUACACAGGCAGGAAAUUACGCAAUUGAUAUAUUCAAGCGAGCUGGGGAGACGGCUGGUGGCGUUGCCUCGGGUUUCUUUCAAGAGUUACAGAACGUUGCGGAGCAGACUCAUCGCGGCUGGCAGAAAACCACUGAAGAUAUCGAAGUCCCGGAGUGGCUGCAGAAGAUCCUCCGCCUUGAUGAAGGUUCACAUGACGGAAGCGGCGGCUCGUCUGGAGGGGGGUCCCCUAAAGAAAGUCGAGCUGGUGCUGGUGUAGUUGGGGUGGCUGCUGGCUCGGCUUUUGGUUACAGCCAGUCUGACGAAGAUGAAGUCCGUCACGCGAGACAAAUCGCCGAGGAUGACCAGAUGAUGCUUCUUACGCGGAAGAUGAUCGAGAUCAGAAAUAUUCUUCAGACUGUCGGGCAGUCCGGUACCCUCACACUGCCAUCGAUUGUUGUCAUCGGAUCACAAUCUUCUGGCAAAAGUUCUGUUCUCGAGGCCAUUGUUGGACACGAGUUCCUGCCCAAAGGGACCAACAUGGUCACGCGGCGGCCAAUUGAGCUCACACUAGUCAACACUCCAAACGCGCAAUCCGAAUAUGGAGAGUUUCCUGCUUUGGGCCUAGGGAAAAUUACGGAUUUCUCACAGAUUCAGCGGACUCUGACCGACCUCAAUCUUGCAGUUCCCGAACGGGACUGUGUUUCGGAUGACCCAAUCAAGCUUACUAUCUACUCCCCCAACGUUCCGGAUCUUUCCCUGAUUGAUCUUCCAGGAUAUAUCCAGGUUGCUGGAAAAGAUCAGCCGCCAGAGCUCAAACAGAAAAUUGCUGACCUCUGCGACAAGUACAUUCAGCCACCUAAUGUGAUUCUUGCGAUUUCUGCGGCGGAUGUUGAUCUAGCCAAUUCUACCGCCCUCAGAGCAAGUCGCAGGGUGGACCCUCGAGGUGAGAGAACGAUCGGAGUCAUCACUAAGAUGGAUCUGGUCGAUCCGGAGCGAGGAUUCAGCAUACUUUCAGAUCAGAAAUACCCUUUGCGUUUGGGCUACGUCGGUGUGGUAUCUCGAGUUCCUCAGACAACUGCUCUGUUUUCCAGGGGUAGCGGCAAUAUCACUAGUGCGAUUCUAAAGAAUGAGAAUGCCUACUUUUCGGCUCAUCCGUCCGAAUUCGGUCCUCAGUCGGGUGUAUCAGUGGGCGUAUCCACGCUGCGAGGCAAACUCAUGCAUGUUCUUGAGCAAACGAUGGCAGCAAGCCUAGCGGGUACUAGGGACGCUAUCAGCCAAGAACUCGAGGAGGCCACGUACGAAUUUAAAGUGCAAUAUAACGAUCGACCACUAAGUGCCGAGUCCUAUCUUGCCGAGAGUCUAGAUAGCUUCAAGCAUUCUUUCAAAGCGUUUGCUGAGAGCUUCGGUCGACCUCAGGUUCGUGAAAUGUUGAAGAAUGAACUGGAUCAGCGCGUCAUGGACAUUCUGGCGCAAAGAUACUGGAAUAAGCCGAUUGAAGAUUUGACGGCCUCGAUGCCAGAGUUAGAUCCUCUCAGCGAUCUUCCGAAAGCGGAUGCCGACUCUCAAUACUGGCGGCGUAAGUUGGAUGCGUCGACCUCCUCUCUGACAAAGUUGGGAAUUGGCAGGCUUGCGACCACGGUUGUUGCCAAUGCUAUUCAAAAUCAAGUUGACCGGUUACUGGCGAAUUCUACAUUUGCCAACCAUCCUUAUGCACAGAAGCAGAUUAUGGAGGCUUGCACCAGCAUCCUGAACGACCGCUUCUUCAGCACUAGUGAUCAGGUUGAAAACUGCAUCAAGCCUUAUAAGUUUGAAAUCGAAGUUGAGGACCCAGAAUGGGCAAAGGGCAGGGAGAAUGUCAGUCGCGUAUUGAAGGAGGAGCUGAAAGCUUGCGACGCUGCUUACCGACGUGUCGAAGAGGCCGUUGGGAAGAAGAAAUUCAAGGAUGUGAUGGCAUUCGUUGAUAAAGUCAGAAAGGGCGAAGUAGUCCUGGAAGGCGAUGGCGCCGCUGGUGCAGGUGGAUUCAGCUCCGCCCUGUUGAAUAAAGGCCGGGAAGGCGUCUUCCUGCGAGACCGUGCCGACCUGAUCAAAAUGCGCCUACUCGCCAUCCGUUCCAAGCAAUGCGCGUCAAAGAAGAAUAAAUAUUACUGUCCAGAAGUCUUCCUUGAUGUAGUUGCAGAUAAGCUCACGUCGACGGCAGUCCUCUUCCUAAACGUCGAGCUGCUCUCCGAGUUCUACUACAACUUCCCCCGCGAGCUAGACAUGAGACUAGGCCGACACCUCUCCGACGCCGAAGUGGAACGAUUCGCGCGAGAGGACCCGCGCGUCAGGAAACAUCUCGACGUCAUCCGGAAGAAGGAGCUGCUCGAACUUGCCUUGGAGAAGAUCGAAAGUAUCCGACAGCUUGAUGGACGGAGCAAGCAAAGAAACGCGGACCGGCCCUUGGCAGCCAAGGAGCAGAGAAGCCGUGGAUGGAACCUGUUCUGA